ACAGUCGAGUCUGGAUAAACUGUGGCCAUGCAUACAAGUAAAAGCCAUAACUGGCUUCAGUACAGGAGGAGAUUCAGUUUAGCAUGAAGGUUAUUCCAGUUGGACAUUCCUAAACCCCACCCCCUACUCCUCCCUUCAAAGAGAUUGAAUUUCCUUUGCAUAUUUUCUUUGGAAGAGGAGCAGUAGAUGUGUGGUUGGUUGUUUCUUUUUCAGGAAGAGAGUGGAACGCUCUGUUGAGCUCUCUUUCUCAACGUGGAUUUACAGUUUGGUGACCGAGGAGCGAAUGAGCCUACAUCUCUCCGUGGGAGGGAAAAGACGCCACGUUUUCCAAACCUAGGAUUUAUGCUUAGAGAAGAAGAAGCUUGGCUUGGCUGAGGGACAGGGGGUUUCUCUUGUACCCCGGGAUCAUGGCCUGGCUGUUUGCUAGAAAUUGUUUUGCAGAAAUUGCCCCUGGAGGCAAAUUGUCCUCUUACAUAUUCAGAGCAUGGAGCAAAGGGGCUCUAACUGCAUACAUGCCGGAGGCCACCUCUUUUCCUGGACCAAAGGACCACCAUGCGUUGUACCAGGUAUCUGUGGAACAAACAGAUGCAUUCUGGGGAGCACUAGGGAGAAGCCGGCUUCUGUGGAUCAAUCCUUUUCAUUCUGUCAGUAACUGUAACCUGCAGCAGGGCCACCUGACCUGGUUCCUCGGAGGGCAGCUGAAUGUAGCAGUCAACUGUUUGGAUAGACAUGUCCACAAAGCCCCCAAUAAAGUUGCCCUGAUCUGGGAGAAAGAUGAGCCUGGGCAAGAGGAACGGAUUACAUACAGAGAAUUGCUAGAGAUGACAUGCCGCCUUGGGAACACCUUGAAGCGACAUGGAGUGAAGAAAGGUGACCGAGUCACCAUUUACAUGCCCCCGUGUCCGAUGGCUGUGGCAAGUAUGUUAGCCUGUGCCCGAAUUGGAGCAAUACACACAGUGGUAUUUGCUGGAUUCAGUUCCGUUGCAUUGGCUGACAGGAUCCAUGACGCUCAGUCUGAAACAGUGAUCACAGUGAACCAAGGCUUGCGAGGGGGCAAGUUGGUUGAGCUAAAGCAGACAGUGGACGAGGCUCUCGAAUUGUGUCCAAAGGUGAAGCGGGUUUUUGUUUCAAGGAGGACUGAUAAGAAGGUGCCCAUGUCAGGCCUGGAUCUACUGCUGGAGGAGGAGAUGAUGAAGGAGGACGUGACCUGUGAGCCUGCUGCCUUAGAGAGUGAAGAUUUACUGUUCCUCCUCUACACUUCAGGAAGUACUGGGAAACCCAAAGGACUGGUCCACACCCAGGCAGGUUAUUUGCUGUACACUGCCAUCACGCACAAGUAUGUGUUUGACUACCAUGAUGGAGAUGUCUUUGGCUGCAUUGCAGACAUUGGCUGGAUCACAGGGCACAGCUAUGUGGUAUAUGGCCCUUUGUGCAACGGAGGAACCACAGUCCUUUUUGAGAGCACUCCAGUGUACCCGAAUCCAGGACGUUACUGGGAAACUGUGGAGAGGUUAAAGAUAAAUCAGUUCUAUGGAGCCCCUACAGCUAUUCGCCUACUGCUUAGAUACGGGGAUGAUUGGGUAAAGAAAUAUGACAGAUCUUCCCUCAAAAUCCUUGGAUCAGUGGGAGAACCUAUCAACACAGAAGCAUGGGAGUGGUACUUCAAAGUGGUCGGAGAUGGACGGUGCCCUGUAGUUGAUACCUGGUGGCAGACAGAAACUGGAGGCAUCUGUAUUGCUCCUCGACCUUCAAACCCAGGUGAUGAGAUCCUUCCAGCCAUGGCCAUGAGACCAUUCUUUGGCAUCAAACCUUCCCUUUUGGAUGACAAAGGCAAACUCUUAACACAGAAUGAAGUCUCUGGAGCACUUUGCAUUUCUCAGGCAUGGCCAGGCAUGGCCAGGACCAUUUUCAAUGACCACCAGAGGUUCGUGGAGACCUACCUGAAGCCUUACCCAGGAUAUUUUUUCACUGGGGAUGGAGCGUAUCGGACAAGCAAGGGAUACUACCAGUUGACAGGCCGCCUGGAUGAUGUCAUCAACAUCAGUGGGCACAGGCUGGGCACGGCUGAGAUAGAAGACGUUGUGAAUAAGCACGGGGCAGUGGCAGAAUCAGCUGUGAUUGGAUUUCCUCACAAGAUCAAAGGAGAAGGUGCCUAUGCAUUCAUUGUGCUGAAGAAGAGCUCUAAUCUCUCUCAAGAGAGCCUGGCCUCUGAGCUUCGAGGGCUCGUCUCAAAAGAAAUUGCAAAGUAUGCAGCACCAGAAUAUAUUCAGGUCACUCAACGUCUGCCCAAGACUCGCUCAGGGAAGAUUAUGAGGCGAGUUUUGAAGAAGAUUGUAGAAAACAAAGCAGAUGAGCUGGGAGAUCUGACAACCUUGGAUGAUCAUGAGGCAGUGAAAGACAUAAUUGAGGGACACAAGCAGAUUCAGAAGCAACAGCAGGGGCGGUAGCUCAAAUGUUCUCUCAACAGCCUCAGAAAUAGAGUAUAUUGCAAGUAGCAGCGAUUCCACAGUCAUUAUCCCUUUCAGAAGAGGAAGGGGGUUUAUUCACUGUGAAUGAAAUAAUUCCGAAGCAACCAUCAAAAAAACAUCAUUUUCCAAGACGGGGAAAGAUUGUGCUUAUUAAGGCUGGACACAAAGUCUCUUCCCUCCCUCCCUCUGAAGGUCUUCCAGCUGUGUACGGAUUCCAAGGCUUAUGUAUAGUAGCAGAAAGCUGGGAGUUUUACUUUUUUUGCAGCCAAAGUCUGCAGAGAAGAAUCUCCAAACCAAAUAAACUUCAAGUUAAAAAGAAAAUUCA